AGACCUCCAGGCCCAGACGCCGCAGUGUCUACACCAGCAAAAACGUCCAUUUUGACCUAGAGCCCUCCGCAGAUCCCUGCCCUGGCUGGGGCAGCCAAGGCGCAGAGGACAGCCCCGAGGCCAGAUGUUCGCUCGCAGAUGCCCGACUGCACACCAGGAGGCCCGGGCUGUGCGGGGCGCUGAGGGAAGCGCCCCAAAUUCACUCAGUUCACCUGCCUUCCAGAGAGAAAUCAUGGAGCCUUCCAAGACCUUCAUGAGAAACCUGCCAAUCAUACCAGGCUAUAGCGGCUUCGUGCCGUUCCUCAGCUGCCAAGGAACGUCCGGGGAGGAUGACAUGAACUACUGUGUGAAAACCUUCCAGGAGAAAACACAGCGCUAUAAAGACCAGCUGCGGGAAUUCUGCUGUGCAGUGGCCACUGCCCCGAAGCUGAAUCCCGUCAACUCCGAGGAGACUGUCCUGCGGGCCCUGCACCAGUACUAUCGGCAGUACCACCCCCUGCUCCUGGAAUGCAAAUAUGUAAAGAAACCUCUCCAGGAGCCCCCGAUCCCUGGCUGGGCAGGCUACCUGCCGAGAGCCAGGGUCACUGAAUUAGGCUGUGGAACGAGAUACGCUGUCAUGGGCAAAAACUGCUACAAGGACUUUCUGGACAUCAUGGAGAGGGCCAAGAAAGCACAUCUGAAACCAUUUGAAGAAAUAUAUGGAGUUAGCACCAGAAAACCUUCUGCUCCUUCUCCAAAAGUUUUGCAACAUGAAGAGCUGCUGCCAAAAUAUCCCGAUUUUUCUAUCCCAGGUGAAAGCUGCCCUGCUCUUGGAAGGCCCCUGAGAGAGGACCCCAGAACUCCCUUGACAUAUGGCUAUGCUCAGAGACCAAAUGUACCAUGCAGUGGGAAGAUUUAUCUGGAGCCACUGUCUUCAGCAAAGUAUGCAGGAUGGUAGAAGCGUAGAGUCUCCCAAGAAGAGGUGAACUUUAAGUGGGGGGUCCUAAAACCUGCCAUUCUCAUGUUGGAAUCACGUCCAAUGAGCAAUAAAGAAAUGUAAUAACAAGAA